CGAGCUUCCAACGGUGAAGCUGAUACUCUAUUGAGUCUACUACAUACAAUUUAUCUUUGCUCUUGUAUUACCAUGCCUGUCAAAUCAGUCCCCCUCCGCAAAUUGGGGAAGAAUGGCCCCAAUAUCCCAGCUUUGGGCCUUGGGUUGAUGGGAAUGUCCGCUGGAAUUUAUGGCACACCUCCUAACGAUGAGGAGCGAUUUAAACUCUUGGAUCGCGCAGCUGAACUCGGGGAAACCUUUUGGGAUACUGCAGACAUCUAUGGCGGCAACGAAGAAUUGUUAGGCAAAUGGUUCAAGCACUCUGGAAAGCGAGAUUCCAUCUUCCUUGCGACGAAGUUUGGAAUUCUUAUGGAUGGUAUGCAGUUCAAGGGGAUCAACAGCUCUAGCGAGUACUGCAGGCAGCAGUGUGAGGCGAGCCUCAAGAAACUAGGCACUGAUAGGAUUGAUCUAUACUUCGCCCAUCGUGUUCAUCCUGAGACGCCUAUUGAGGAGACGAUGCGAGCACUAUCUAAAUUAAAAGCAGAAGGCAAAAUCAAACACAUUGGGUUGUGCGAAGUGAGCUCGGCUACCCUUCGCCGUGCCUAUAAGAUCGCGCCGGUCGCUGCGGUCCAGAUGGAGUACUCACCAUUUGUACUUGAGAUAGAGCGAGAAUCUGGCACCAAUCUUCUGGACACCUGCCGGGAGCUCGGAGUCGCCAUCGUAUGUUCCUCGCCGCUUGGACGAGGUUUGCUCACAGGAGCAUUCAUGAACAGGGAGUCGAUCACUGGUGCGGAUGAUAUCCGUGGAAGUUACUUCCCUUGGUUUAGCGAGGAGCAUAUGGACGCAAACGCUAAGCUUGUCAGCCAGUUCAAGGCCUUUGCAGACAAGAAAGGGUGCACACCGACGCAACUAGCGAUCGCCUGGAUUCUCAAACAAGGCGACGAUUUCUUCCCGAUCCCUGGAACUAAGAAGAUUAGGUAUCUAGAGCAAAAUUGGGGUUCUCUUGAUAUCAAUCUUAGCGAUAAUGAAGAAGCGGAGAUUCGAAAGUUUGUCGAUAGUGCUGAGGUAUCAGGCUAUCGAUCCACACCUGGAUCCCAGGCUUUCGCCUUUGUAGAUACCAAGGAGGAGGCUUAG